GGUGAGAGAGGCGGUGCCUGCGCUGAGCAUGCCGGGAGUGGUUGUGUACUGUUGGCAUCAGUAGGUGAAGCCGAGCGGGGGACAGGGUGAGGCGAUCCUGUGAAGCGCUUACUGCAGUCGCUGGUUCCCUGCUUUGCCCUAGAAAAGUCAGGCUUUUCUGCGACAGGAUAUUGGCCUGCUACCAAAACUAUUCACCAUGGAGGCCAGGAGAAGUCGUGCACACUAUUAUCUCAGAAGAGAGGCCUACCCUACCAUCUUUGAUCUCGACUGUGGACCCCAAAACAACCCUGUAACCCUGCUCCAAGCCCUCUCACUGUGGUCUGAGAUCAUGCUAAGGACCCAAAAGAAGACACCCCUGUCUGAGUCCUCAGAGCAGGAUUUGAAAUUGUUGAAAUGAGCAGUCGUAAAUCUAAGAAUAACAACUUAAUUCAUGCGGACUGCCUGUCACAGGUACAAAGAAUUUUACGUGAAAGAUUUUGUCAUCAGAGUCCACAUAAUAAUCUAUAUGGAGUACAAGUACAAUACAAACACUUAAUUGAGCUGCUGAAAAGAACUGCUAUCAAUGGAGAAAGUAACUCUGUACUCAUUAUUGGACCCCGAGGAUCAGGAAAAACAAUGUUAAUAAAUCAUGCUUUAAAAGAACUCAUGGAAAUAGAAGAAGUGAGUGAAAAUAUAUUACACGUUCACCUAAAUGGCCUGCUGCAGAUCAAUGAUAAAAUUGCCCUAAAGGAAAUCACAAGGCAGUUAAAUCUGGAAAAUGUAGUUGGAGAUAAAGUUUUUGGAAGUUUUGCUGAAAACCUUUCAUUUCUUCUGGAAGCUUUAAAAAAAGGUGAUCGGACUAGCAGUUGCCCGGUGAUCUUUAUAUUAGAUGAAUUUGAUCUUUUUGCUCAUCAUAAAAACCAAACACUCCUCUAUAAUCUUUUUGACAUUUCUCAGUCUGCACAAACCCCAAUAGCAGUUAUUGGACUUACAUGUAGAUUGGAUAUUUUGGAACUCUUGGAAAAAAGAGUGAAGUCACGAUUUUCUCACCGGCAGAUACACUUAAUGAAUUCAUUUGGUUUUCCACAGUAUGUAAAAAUAUUUAAAGAACAAUUAUCUCUACCUGCAGAAUUUCCAGACAAGCUUUUUGCUGAGAAGUGGAAUGACAGUGUUCAGUGUCUCUCAGAAGAUAGAAAUGUGCGAGAAGUACUACAGAAGCAUUUCAAUGUCAGCAAAAACCUGCGGUCAUUACAUAUGCUAUUGAUGCUUACUUUAAAUCGAGUAACAGCAUCACACCCAUUUAUGAGUGCCGCAGAUCUCAUGGAGGCAAACCAGUUGUGUAGCAUGGACUCUAAAGCAAAUAUCGUACAUGGUCUAUCAGUCUUGGAAAUCUGUCUUAUAAUAGCAAUGAAACAUUUAAAUGACAUCUAUGAAGAGGAGCCAUUUAAUUUUCAAAUGGUCUAUAAUGAGUUUCAGAAGUUUGUUCAAAGGAAAGCCCAUUCUGUUUAUAAUUUUGAGAAACCUGUAGUCAUGAAGGCUUUUGAACACUUACAACAAUUAGAAUUAAUAAAACCCAUGGAAAGAACUUCAGGAAAUUCACAGAGAGAGUACCAGCUGAUGAAACUACUUUUGGAUAAUACUCAAAUUAUGAAUGCUCUGCAGAAAUACCCCAACUGCCCUACAGAUGUUAGGCAGUGGGCAACAUCUUCACUAAGCUGGUUAUGAGUACAACCAAUGACUUCAAUUUUGGCAUUUCAGGCAUACUUCUCUAGAGAACUAAAAAUUGUCCUUUAACAAGAUGUAUUAUUACAUUUUUUUAUAUUUAUAAAUGUUUUUGCAUUUAUGGGAGACUUGCAUGUGUACUAUCUUGGCUAUGUCUUGCAUUUGAAACAUGAACAAUUACACAAUUUAUAAUUUCAGUAGAUUUAGAUUAUGUUGUAAGUAGCAGUUCAAAAGAAUAAAAUGUGACUGUUUUAGGGA